CCGGGCGAUAUAUGUAUAAAAUCCCCCCUCGUCCAAGUUGUUAGACCAGUUUCUCUUUUUUCCUUUUCUACGAGUCUGCCACUCAUUCAAUAUGGGUUUCCAAACAUCUCUCUGCAUAUUUGUUCUUGCUGGCGUACUUUACGCGUCUCUUUCAGAGGCUGUUCCCCCGCCUGUACUAGCCUCCAAACAUGCAACUCAUCGCAAACACCUGAUCGGUAGCGGGGUCUCUUUGGAAUCUUACCACCCUCAACCGCAGUUCCAGACUUUCGGUGAAGGGAAAUUGAUGGCUAACGCACUAUCCUUUGAAGAUACCGAAUCGCUCAAGUCGAAUGUAAUGGGAUGGUUGACGGACAACUUACAAGUCAAUUCCUCCAGCCUCGAGUGGACGUCAGGAUGGAGCUCUGAAGGCCGUUCGUGCGGUUAUGUGCAACAAGUCCAUGACGGUGUUCCCUUUAUCAAUGCUGUGGCAAACGUUGCAUUCAAUGGUAACAAGGUCAUCAGUUUCGGAAACUCAUUCGUCGAUACAUCCAAUAUUGCGUCUCCCAUUCCGACGGUCAGCUUGAACGAUGCGAUCCUGGAAGCGGAAUCGACACUCGGUGGUACCCAUAACGGUAUUCAGCCCACGCUCCGAUACCUUGCGCGGCCCGACGGCUCCGUGGCUCUCGUGCACGCUAUUCAAGUCCAGAGCAGUACCCCCUACAUCUUUGUUGUGGCCUACGUUGAUGCACAUUCGGGAAAGGUCAUCUCAAUUAACGAUUUCGUUGCUGAUGCGACAUUCAGAGUCCUUCCGAUAGAGAAGAAGACAAUUUCUGAUGGUCUCGAACUACUCAAAAACCCGGAAGGUCUCGACGCCUCCCCCGUAGGAUGGAACAGUAUCGGAAAAAAUCACGUCUUGACCACGGAUACCGUUGGAAACAACGUCAUUGCCAUCAAGGUCCUAAGCAAUGAUGGGUCCACAACAAAAACCACUGCUGGUCAGAUCAAUGAUGGUCAGCUUACUUUUGACUUUACCUACGAUCCGACUAAGGAUCCUACCGACCCUGGCAACGAUGAUGCUGCCCGUACCAACGCAUUCUACGUUGCUAAUGAAUUUCACGACAUCCUUUACCGAUACGGAUUCACCGAGAACACGUUCAACUUUCAGUCUGACAACUUUGGGAAGGGUGGCCAAGCGAAUGAUCCCGUUCAGAUGUCCGUCCAGGAUCCUUCCGGUUUCAACAACGCCAAUUUUGCAGCACCCCCUGAUGGUCAAGCUGGUAUAUGUCGUCUUUUCAUCUUUGACCUCACCAAUAUUAGGCAGGACAGUGUAAUGGAAAACGGCAUCCCAAUUCAUGAAUUGACCCAUGGAGUUACUCUACGUAUGACUGGAGGUGGAACUGCUGUUUGCUUGCCAUCGCUCGAGUCUGGGGGUAUGGGUGAGGGGUGGUCGGAUGCUGUCGCCGACUGGAUGUCACAAACCUCGUCUAAAACCCAGGACUUUGUCACCGGAGAGAGUGUUACCGGGAAACCUGGCGGUUUCCGAAGCAAGCCAUACUCCACCGACGAAGCUGUGAACCCUCUCAGGUACUCUGAUAUCAAGAAACUUGAUGAACCUCAUGCAAUCGGAGAGGUUUGGGCCAACACCCUCCACACUGUUUACGCAGAUCUCGUCGACGCCCUCGGCUUUAGUACCACAGCCAAGACAGACGCCAACGGAAAAGAGGGAAACAUUGUUUUUAUGAAAACCAUCAUCACCGCUCUUACCAUCCAACCUUGCAACCCGACCGUACUCAAUGCCCGAGACGCUAUUAUCCAAGCUGACAAGACCCUCAACGCCGGUGCCAAUGAAUGCACUUUGAGAAAGUCAUUUGCCAAAAAGGGCCUCGGAUUGAGGGCAACUUCCGAUUUUCAGGACGAUUUCACCUUUCCUAGCGGCUGCUAGGGAUAGUAGAGAGAGACUUUGUACUACCCGUAGACUAAACUAACUUUUGGACGGAGCAAAACUGUGGUGAGCCUGG